AUGGCGCCGCCCGGGUCACGACGGUGGGCGUACGUGCGGAUCAUGGCCGGCACCAUCGUUGGUGGCGGCCUCGGCUUCUACGUCAUGCUCCGCAUCGAGACCUCCUACAAGGUGAGGAUGGAGGAGAGGCUGCGUCGAUGGCAAGCUGGAGUGCCUCUACCAUGGCUGGCAGUUGGACGGCCAGGGCAAGAUAGUUAG